UCCCCUACCUCCUCUUCCUGUCGCUCCGCGUAUACUCUUGUGCCAUCUCCUCACGGCCCCCCCCAUCAGAGACAAACACGUCCAGACGUGUUGUGCACAGACGGUGUAUUGUGUGAAUCCGCCCUUUGUCACCAGGGCUUGGCGACAUCACAGACCCUGGGUCCCACCUAUCUCCGAUCCCCACCCCACCCCCUUUCCCAACCCGGUGCCAGCUGCACACUGCCUUCAAUAAUCCCCUCUGAUCCACCUCUUUUGUGUCCGUCACAGUCUCGACUUGACACUCGUCAAAGCAUUUGUUUGCCUUGCCCAGCCGAACUCACUCGGCCCUAUUCUGCAGCCGAUUUGCAGACUUCCGCCACUCCUGGACUCCGUCAAAGUCUGCAAACAAAGGACUUGAGUAAUUCAACUUGUCUUUUUCCCCCGUACACUCGGUACCACAUGUCUCCUCCUCUUCCUCUUCCUCCAACGCAUUCUUUCCCACCCCGAACCGGCUCUAAGUUUGACGGAGUGAUUAGAUCGUCUCACUCUUCCCUUGCACGGCAGUUGAUCUACCCUCCUCCAGACCCUCCACUAAGAUCGGCAUUCGCAAAUAGCAUCACUUCCGUCAAAACCGCCUUGACAUGGGCACAUCUACCGCAGACACACAUACAAGUCGGCACACCCGCGAUGACAUACACCAGCAAAUCCAUCCAGCCUCCGAUUUACUCGCCAGUCGUCAGGCGACUCUCUUAUUCGCUUUGUUUCUCGUGUCAGGACACACGAUUCCGUUCUGCCCAACCGUCCCGUGGCUGGAGGCGCGGUUGGCAACUCGAGAAGUCCUUAAUCCGAUGCAACCGAGUCACUAGGGCCGUUUCAUCGCCGCCCCACCUCGUCGUUGUCGAUGCCACAGUCGUCGAUCCCGGGCAGGAUCAGAUCGGUCCUCUGGUCGGAAGGGGGGGAGGAGGGGAGGGAGGUGGUAUCACACUCCCCGCGAAGGGCAGAACCGGAACAUGUCGGCUUUGGCUGCACCUUCGUCUGCAGUUCGAGUCUCUCCUCUCACUCCAGCCUUUUCUGUGUACAUUGCCUCAAGACAAAAUCGCCCGACUACAAAGUGAACCACGUCAUCGGCUGUACAGGACACACUCAUCCGCGACGCUUAAUGCGCACGGUGUCUGCUCGAAACGGGCUCCCCUGGAGUUGCUUAGCUCCAGACUGUGCACCUUGACGACAACCCUGUACCUCAUAUUUUCACCUACACCCUUCCAUUCUCCUCUCUUGCUCCUGUGUUUCUUCUAUCUCGUCCCACUCGGACAUUUCGUCCUAAUUGCCUCGCGUCUAGCUCUUCGGUCCGACACAUCGGACGCCUCUUCUCCGUUUCUCGCCGCUAUAUCGUCUCUUUUGCGUGUUUUUCCCAUUUUUCUCCUUUUUUCUUGCCCGAUCUUACCAAUCUGGGCUUCAUUAAUUCGCUUUCCCGCCGUCCUAGUUGCCGCCUCAACUGGCGGCUCUAGUCCACUGGAGGAACCAGAGCCGCGGACACAGGACACACAAUGCGCACAAAUUGUGCGCCACCUUUUGUUCGAGUCAUUCUUCCUCGGACGCACCUCAUUCGUCCACUGCUCAGUGUCGGAGUCAUUUGAUCCCUUCGGUACUGCUGCCCGCGCCGGCUUACAUAGCCACAAACGCAACACCAGCAACAAUAACAACUGUGAGAGCCUUGUGUGCAGCAGACAGGCGUGGACACCGGCUUCCCUCUAG